CAACGAAACCCCCAAUUUCCAGGGCCACCCCCUUCCUUUAAUCCUGUUGCUUUUUGCACGGCGUGGGGUGUGUGUGUGUGUGUGUCUGUGUGUCCCUGCGCGCGUUUCUUUACUUUCAAACAUAUUGCCAUUUUCAAAGCCCGGAACUGGAAAGAGAGCUGCCGCGUGCGGGGCAAGGGAGAGGCGGGGACGCCGCUACACCCAGGUGGCGGUGUAGCGCGUUGGGGGCUCCCGCCGGUACAGAAGUGAGCGACUGUGGCUUUAAGGAAAAGGCCCAGGUCUGGCGGGGAGCGGGAGUUAGGGACAGGGGAGGGGUGGGAAGAGUAGGGGUGCGGGGAGGAGUCCUGAUGUAAGAAUGUUAAUGAGAGGCUCCCCGAGCCCAGCCGCCACCUCCCCCCCACCCUCCCCACCGGCUGGAAAUACAAGCCGGGCCUCGGCGCGCCUUGUGUGGUAACACGCUCCGCCGCUGCCACGCUAUUUAAACGCGGGUUAUGGAUCCAGGAACCGGCGCGAAUCAAUGAGAUCAAACGCGAGGGAGAUGCACCGUCAAUUACAAGCACUUGGACAAGUCUAACUUUUUCUUCUUUUACAAAUACGCUUUCAAAAGCAACCUUAGCAAUGCCCAAAUAAGAAGCCACCUCUAAGCAAAAUAGUAUAUAUAAAGGGAGGGCGAAUAUAUAUAUAUUUAUAGAAAGUAUAUAUAUAAAUAUAUUACAGGCGUACAGGUUUACACCCGGUUAACUUUUUCUUUUUCUUUUCUUUUUUUAAACGAGUGGCAUUGCAAAGGAGGACUCCUCCUCUCUAUCUUUUGGCGAGUUAGUGAAGGGGGUAUUCUGUUUGCUUAGAGCGCCCAAGGGGGCGCAGGGACCUCGGAGAGAAGAGUGGGGAGGAAAGAGGAAGGGUCGGUGCGGGGCAGAGGGCGAGUCCGCAGCGAGGGCAGGCGCUUUCCUGCGGCACGAUGCCUUCCCCGUUGGUGCUCACUUUCUCCGCGUGCGUCCUGCUCGGUUGGGCGUUGCUGGCCGGCUGCACGGGUGGCGGUGUCGGCGGGGGCGCGGGCCCGGGCGGCGGGCGCCGGGAGAGAGAGGCGCUGCCGCCGCAGAAGAUCGAGGUGCUGGUGCUGUUGCCCCAGGACGACUCGUACCUGUUCUCCCUGGCUCGGGUGCGGCCGGCCAUCGAAUACGCGCUGCGCAGCGUGGAAGGCAACGGGACCGGGCGGCGGCUUCUGCCCCCCGGCACUCGCUUCCAGGUGGCCUACGAAGACUCGGACUGCGGCAACCGCGCACUCUUCAGUCUGGUGGACCGCGUGGCGGCGGCGCGGGGCGCCAAGCCCGACCUCAUCCUGGGGCCUGUGUGCGAGUACGCGGCGGCGCCGGUGGCCCGGCUAGCGUCGCACUGGGAUCUACCCAUGCUGUCGGCCGGGGCACUGGCAGCCGGCUUCCGGCAUAAGGACACGGAGUACUCGCACCUCACGCGCGUGGCGCCCGCGUACGCCAAGAUGGGCGAGAUGAUGCUCGCCCUGUUCCGCCACCACCAGUGGAGCCGCGCCGUGCUGGUCUACAGCGACGACAAGCUGGAGCGGAACUGCUACUUCACCCUCGAGGGGGUCCAUGAGGUCUUCCAGGAGGAAGGCUUGCACACGUCCGCCUACAGUUUUGAUGAGACCAAAGACUUGGAUGUGGACGACAUCGUGCGCUACAUCCAGGCCAGUGAGCGAGUGGUGAUCAUGUGUGCGAGCAGCGACACCAUCCGCGGCAUCAUGCUGGCGGCGCACAGGCACGGGAUGACCAGCGGAGACUAUGCCUUCUUCAACAUCGAGCUCUUCAACAGCUCUUCCUACGGAGAUGGCUCGUGGAGGAGAGGAGACAAACACGACUUUGAAGCUAAGCAAGCGUACUCAUCCCUCCAAACAAUCACUCUACUGAGGACAGUGAAACCUGAGUUUGAGAAGUUUUCCAUGGAGGUGAAAAGUUCUGUUGAGAAGCAAGGGCUCAGUGAGGAGGAUUACGUUAACAUGUUUGUUGAAGGAUUCCACGAUGCCAUCCUCCUCUACGUCCUGGCCUUACAUGAAGUACUCAGAGCUGGUUACAGUAAGAAGGAUGGAGGGAAAAUUAUCCAGCAGACUUGGAACAGAACAUUUGAAGGUAUUGCCGGGCAGGUGUCCAUAGAUGCCAACGGAGACCGGUCCGGGGAUUUCUCUGUGAUUGCCAUGACCGACACGGAAGCGGGCACCCAGGAGGUUAUUGGUGAUUACUUUGGAAAAGAAGGUCGUUUUGAAAUGCGGCCGAACGUCAAAUAUCCCUGGGGACCUUUAAAGCUGAGAAUAGAUGAAACCAGAAUGGUGGAACACACAAACAGCUCUCCUUGCAAAGCAUCAGGUGGCCUAGAAGAGUCAGCGGUGACAGGAAUUGUUGUGGGAGCCUUACUAGGAGCUGGUUUGCUAAUGGCCUUCUACUUUUUCAGGAAGAAAUACAGAAUAACCAUUGAGAGGAGAAACCAGCAAGAAGAAAGCAACGUUGGAAAACAUCGGGAGUUAAGGGAAGAUUCCAUCAGAUCCCAUUUUUCGGUGGCUUAAAAGGAAGGCUAUUCUUUUGGCUCGAGAUUCUUUAAGGAGAUAAAUGGGAUGAAAGACAUCAAUGGAACAGAAGGGGCGCUCUUGAAAAACUCAUUCUUUUAAGCAGUUAGUCAUUUUGUUGUAAAAUUUCUUUAGAAGCUCAGGAACUGUUAUUAAUCACCAUAUGCCUCCCGGCCUUUCAUCUCAUGACAAACAAAUAUAAGAAUAUAACGUCACUUUGUUAAAUGUCCAUACUGUUUCAAGGGCACAUGAUCAGAUUUAUGUUCUGAAGGUCUGAUGUCUCCAUAUCUUGAUGGCUUUUGUGGGGAUUUUAUGCAAGGCUAUAAAAUGUGUUUUUCUUAAAUGAAAUGUUUUAUAGCUAGAACAAAAUAAUUUUUACAAGUAGAAUAUUCUUGAAAAGAAUUUAAUCCCAAGAAGAAGAAAACAUAAUGAAAAAUCUCAAGGUAGGAAAUACAUCAUUCCUUUCUCUAGUGCUGGUGGACAGAUCUGAAGUUGAAAACUGCUCUGUCUGAUGUAUACAUUCAGGUCCUGACUUAAUAUCUCGAAAAAGAAUUCCCCCCUGCCCUCCCCCCCCGCCCCCGUCUCCUUCAGCGUCUCAUAAAAGCUACUCUGGAAAGUUGUAACUAUUAAUAAGUUAAGAGGAUUUAUACAAGAAAAGCAAAUCUAAGAUGUUUCAUUUUUUAAUAUAAAAAAGCCCUAUUUCACACUAACACUUUAUUUUUAAUAUUUUAAUCUUAUAUUUUACUAUUAGAAAAUGUGUCUAUUUUUUCAUUUUGAAGAUUAAAUUUCACUUAUAUUUUAAAAGCAUGGGUAAAGUGUACAACAAACCAAUAAUGAUGAAAGAUGCCUCUCUUUUUCUCCCUGUUUUUCUCUUCCCCGUGGCUGUAGCCCAAUACGAAUUGCUGCUUUAAUUACAGAGAUCUGGAAAGGUAUUCAGAUUAUAAACUCUACAGGAAUACAUCAAUUUACCUGUUUUAAAUGCAACUUGUUUUAGGGAUAGACUCCUUCCAGUUCUGGCCAGUGAUGAGUAUCAAGACGAAGGAUGAAAUUUAAUAGAAUUUAAUUAAGUCAGGUUUUAUAAAAGGAAGGCGGUCCUUUUUUCUCAAGAAGAACUUUACAGAGUUAGAACUUGACAGUAAGCACAGAAACGAUACAUUUAAUAAAUGACAUUUUACCAAAAUUCACAAUGAUGAUUUUGGUUAAAAGAGGGAAUCUAAAGAGCUACUAUAUUCCCUUUUAGUAAACCCCAGAGAGCCUUGCAGCCAGCCACUAAUAACCCAUGUAACAGGGGUGGGGAUAUGAGGAAUUUGGACAGGGUUGAAUAAGUAUAUACCAAAUCUCUACUUUGUACCUAGUACUCUGCUCAUAGGUUUAAACUCACGUUGCUGCUUUCAUGUAUAAUUUGUGGAGAAAAUAGACAGUGAGGGAAGAAUGGGAAGUUGCCAGAUCAGUGUACCAUCUUAUCAUGACGUCACGAGGGUUUUUCCUCAAUAAUGUUUUGAGCAGCUGGAAAAUAGUUUUAAUGUCUGGAAAAGACCAUCGAUAGGAGGAAAAUAGGGCAGUUUAAGAAAAUAGGGGAAUACCGGAAUUGGAGCAAUUCCUAGCUAGUGAUGGAGGCUGUGGCUCGCACUGGUAAUGGUGGAGGUGAGGCAGGGCGAGCGAGAGCCGCGUGUCCUGGAAGCUGGCCUGAGCUUGCUUCUCUGGAGGCGUCCGCCACUCCGACCUCAGCCAGUCAAAGUGAAUGGAUUAUUUCUGCGUGAGGCACAUUCCCCCUCUAUUGUUUAAAAAACGGAACGCAGGCAGUUGGUGAACAUGAUAAAAGAAUGCACUCUGAUCAACUCAAGGAACUAUGUUGUAGUUCUCCGUGCUGGGUGCAAAUGAAAAAGUGCUGAAUUCAAAACAGGAUGGAAAAAGAAGGCAAGAGAGGCCAACUCCAGAAAUUCUGACACAGGAAGACAGUUUGGGAUGUAAAAUCCAGGAAAGCGAUCCAUGUAACACCUCGGGACUCCUCAACGUGAAAACAGAAUGGAAGCGUUGCAUCCGUCUUAUUUUUGUGAGUUGAGAGACUAUUUCUCUCUCAUUUAUGUUUUUCAGUGAUGUUUUCCAUGUAUUUUAGAGAUACUCAUUCCCUAUUAUCUUGUGUUUGUAAAAAACAUUAAAAUUUUGAGCCUAUGUGCUCAUUACAGGGAAAAGAACACUCUUACCCGGCUGGAGUCUUUGGGUAGAAACAUUUCUAACCUUUCUAGAAUUUAGAUAGGGGAUGUUAACUCUAACCUUUCUAAAGCAAAUAUCUUUUAUUUCUACUUCAGGUAGAGGAAUAGUUCUAAACUUAAUAUUAUAUUCCCAGAUAAAAUCUUAAAAAUUUUAAGUGAGAAUUUAGUCUUUUAAAAAUGGUGGAGCAAAUCAUAAGGUUUCUGAUAUUUGGACGCCAUUCUCUUCCAAUCUUAAAGCGAUUCUAGGGUUCUUAAGAUUGUUUAUUUACAUGUCUGUUUUCUAUCCUUUCUUCCUUGAAAUUGUCACAUGAGUUACAAAACUCUAUUAAGUUUUGAAAGCUCCCUUAAGUUGGGAAACCUUUGCUAAAAGGGUACGUGUUGGGCCCAAGGUUACCCUGGGUUAAGACUUCUGGAGAUUAUAAAUCGGGAUUGAAAUUCCCAACUGCUAACAUGUUUGACAACUAGUUAUUCAUGUGGCAACUUCGCCAGUAGCCACAUAUCAUAUGGUAAAAUAAAUAGGACUUUAGUUCUUAAAUCGUUCAUAAAUUAUGAUCCUGAAAUCCAGGGCGUUCAGAUUUCAAAAGGGAUACUUUAUCAGUAUUUUCUUAUCUGGCCAAACAUAAGCUGACAUUGAUACAGGUCAGAAUGAGUAUACACUUUCUGUGUGUAUACUCUCGGUGUUGGAAAUAUACUAUAGGUUAUAGUAAAGUAUAGGUUUAUAUGGUCAUCCUCAUCAUCUUAGAUUUUUUUCUUUUCUGGACUCAGAAAUAAAAGCUUUCUCCAGGUGAUCACUUCUAUCCAGGAAGAACUUUCUGUGUAGAGUAGGGAGCUUCCCCCCGAAUGACCACAGGCUCCACAAGGAAGACCCUGUAAACACUACAUUUCUUGGAAGAACCACCGGCUUGUCCUUUCCUGAACCGCAGACAUGGUUCCACAGGCUUUAAAAUGGUUCUUUACACUUCAGAAGCUAUAUUUAAUGGAGGAAGGGGAGAAAGGUAGGGAAAGUUAAUGCCUCCUUUUCUCUUCUUCGUUAAAUUCGAAGUCUUUUGCUUUGGAAUGUCAGGCACUUCUCCCUAUUCACAUGCUCCUGGUGUCAUCCACGUAUUCAAGGCACCUGUGCCCUUUGCUCCCCUAAUUGACCACUUUCCUUCUGGUUGCCGCUGAUUUGGGGAGUGUGAGAUUUGUUGUUGACCGUGAAAGUAAGGCCACUGUAUAGACCUUAUACAGACAGAGACAGGAAUUCAGAGUAGGUCCAGUGGGCUUAGCACCUUCUUGUGAGUGAGCAUAAAGUAGCUGUUUGUGGAAGUCUCUUAGGAGACCAAAUAGAAUAUUAUGCCACUGGUAUUAAGGGAGUGUUUAUAAACUGAAAGGAACACAUACCAAUGUUUCUUGGGACACAAAGCAUUCAGAUCCUGAGUGGAUGCAGUCAUAAAGCCAAACACCAGCCAAAAUCCGGUCCCUCGGUCCACAUUUCACGGGGUUUGUUUAGUUAUGCCGUGUGGUUCAGUGCUUCAUAAGGAAGCUGAAGAUGAGCUGAGUUUCUUCUUCAGUAGAAAACAUGGAAACUACUAACAUGGAGUAUGUUUUGGGGGCAGUGCGGAAGCACAGAGAAUGAGAUGGUGCUGUUCAGAGGAAUCUGUUUCUUUUUCAGUUGAUCUUUAGAACUGUAGAAUAACCUAUAAUUUAGUUCCUCUUCAGUAAGAAGCUUGGGACACACCCAGCAAGAAGAAUCAGGAUCAAGCUCUUCCAAAAGAAACAGAAGAGGGUAGCGUUGCCAGCUGCCAGCACCUUUACCACCCCUCCCGCCAACACCCUAUCCGCUGUCCACCGUGGCUCCAAAGAUGCAUCAGCGUCGUGCCCACGCAGGUAGCAGCUUGCGAGUAGAAUCUCCAUGCUUCCUCAGGGGGAAAGGAGACAACGUGCUGGCUGUAAGAAUGUAGCUGGCUUUUGCUCAGAACCCUUACCUAACUUGACCACGUGCUCCCAGGGCAGUUCAAGCCUCUGAUGUGCAAAUACUCCAACAAACCUGGCUUCGGUUUGCAGCAUGUAGAGCUUGCAGGUGUGCCCCCAUAGCUAGACCCCAGGAUUAAAUCGACUUUCAAAAGGUGCUGGAUUGGAGUUUGUUCAGAUUUCUCAUUAACCACUAAUGUUAAUCCAUACCAAAGGCAAAGCAACUCUAAACCAGCUGAUGCUGUUAAUGUUCGUAUUUUAAGCCACUUCAAACACAGUGAAAGGGUUUCAGUGGGAGCUGAGUCUCAGAAGUAAAAAUCCAUAUGUUACAAUAGCUCUUUGAUGUAUCAGGUGUGGGAUGAUUCCUAGGGGACAUAUUUGAACAAGCAGAAUUAAGAGUUAGCAAAAGUGCUGCAUUGCUUUGAUUCACAUGUUUAAAGACCUAAAUUUCUACGUGCAAGGAAUAAAGGGGCCCAUUCACCAGGGUAAGUCACGACAUAGGCUACCAAAGUGUUUUCUAUUUGCUAGGAGAACGAAGCUGUCGUAGCACAUAAUAAUUGCUCAGAGAAGGUUGAGAAAGAGGAAAAUUUGGAUUUUGAGACGGGAUGUCCUAUUUAUUAUUCAAUGCCAAGAUCUUAAAAUGUUCAGCGUGGUGUGUCUUACAAGCCAGCAGUGAGGUGCCCGUAACAGCCUGGAGAUGCUGUGAGUUUGCAGAUCUUUCUGCUGGGUCCUGGGAAUCGGAGCUCUGUUCCCUGUGCAUGGUGCAUAAUUGAAUCCAAGAGGACACAGAACAGACACGUGGGGGAUUACUUCUGCAGCCUUGUCUUCUGGGCCAUAUUAUUCACUGAUAAUUUACUAUAUAGGACUACCGAACAAUACACACCCACCACGAGUCUGGUAGAAAAGUAAAAGUAAAAGCUGACAACUACAUACAGUUUAUUAUUCUAAUGUAAGUAGAACUAUCUGCAUAUAAUGUGAUUUAAUUUAUUGUUGUUUUGUGUAGAAAACGAGAAUUAAUGACUGUGGAUAUAACCCCUGUUUUGUAUAAUAUAUUUUAUUUCUGGUGCAAAUUGGUCAUUUAAGAUAUCUGCAUUUGGUGUUUGGAUAUAAAUGUGUAUGUGCUCUUGUAAAUGUUUCUGUUAAGCAAGAAUGCCACAUGCUCACAGUAUAACGUGUUCUCAUUAAAAAAAUACAUCCCACAGAAA